CUUUGCAGCCUGUGUGGUUCGGAUGUGAUGUUGGCAAAUUUUUCAGCCGGAAGCCAGGGAUUCUAGACCUCAACAUAAUUAACACUGAACUGGUUUUCGGCACCAGCAUGUUGGGGAUGAAUAAAGCUGAACGAUUACAGUAUGGCGAUUCUCUGAUGACGCACGCCAUGGUGCUAACAGCCUCUCACGUAGAGGAUGAGAAAAGGACUGUGAGGUGGCGCGUGGAGAAUUCCUGGGGAGACGCAGACGGAGAUAAAGGCUUCAACGUGAUGACAGACGACUGGUUCUCCGAGUUUGUUUACGAAAUUGUCAUUGAUAAGAAGCACGUUCCAUCUGAAAUCCUGGACGUUCUCAACCAAACGCCUGUAGUUCUGCCCGCCUGGGAUCCAAUGGGUUCACUCGCUCGCAAUCCACACGCUGACAACGACGCAGAGCUGUAGUCAUCUUGGGAUCUGACUUUCGUUAAAUCUGACAAACAAUAGCAAUAAUGAUCGACCUAUAUCCAUUUUAGGGAAAUAGGGUCAAUAUUAAGGAAAACCAUAUCAACAGAAAAAACGGAAGUGCUAUUCAUAAUUUGCAUAAUUUAUGCAGACUUUCUUAUACAUGAACUAUACAUUCAUGUUGUUAGCGUACAUUUUAAAGUUUAUAUAAAACCUUUUUACCUUAAACUCGAAGAAUGUGUUCUUAAUAUGUAUUCACAAUAUUUUGUUUAAUAUUCCAUAACUUACUUGUUUUUCUAUUGUGCUUACCAAACUUCACCAUGAUGAAAUUAUUCGUUUGUCCCGAUAAUACUGAAUCAACAUGUAGUUUCCUGGGCUAGUUAUCUCCGGAUCCCUUGACCAUUAAGUCCAGUUGUUAUUUUGUUUAAGAAAUGCCAUUUAAAACCGGUGAUUUGUUUACAGUGUGAAACAUUUUCUUGUUUUAAAUUGUCACCAUUGAUCAUUUUAAAUACCAGAAAACUCACUUAUUUUUGUGCAUAUUAAUCAAAGCCAACAUAAAACCUUCACUUGCUUAGAAUCAAAUGUUGUAAAAUAUGAAGAUCUGAUCGCAGCCCUCUCGAUUAAAUUGAUAACUUUUUUUUUGCAAAGACUUAAAACAAAGAAAUGAACUCUUUAUGUAGUGGAACUAGUGUUAUAAAGUAGGGAAAACGUUUCAUCUACUUAAUGCAUUACUCAGGUGUGAAAUUGUUAACAGAUUAUAUCAUGUUUUCCACCAGCAAUUAUAGUCUUAACCCAUUCACCCCUGUAGUCACAUUUAAACCUUGCCAAAUCCAAGACUGGACAAGUCCAGUUUAGAUAUGUAGGGUCGAAUGAGUUAACAUUUAAUUUGAAAGUGUAGUAUAUGCUGGUGUAAAAUAUUGUCAAGUGUGAACAUUGAAAACAGAACCUCCCUUUAAGCUUCUCCAAAAUUCUUUUAAAUCAUUGACCAAAUGUGAAUUCUAUCUAUCGAUUACCUACUGAACAAGAAACUAGGCCUCGAGAUCAGAAUCUAAGUUGAGCAUGAGAACGGUUUCAUGAAUACUGACCCCGACUAAUCAAAAAUGUAUUCAAAGACAAAGCUGAUGUUCCAUUUACAAUUUCAAGUCCUUGUAAACAAUUAUUUUUUAAUAACAAUCACGAAAAUUACUGGUGUAAAUUGUCAACAAUAGCAAGAGCAAAGAUAAACAGGCAAAACCCUUCAAUGAUAUAUGCAGCUCAAAUGUCUUCAUUAAUAAUUGGGCAAGUCACAAAAAUCAGGUCGUGAUGUCUUGGAAUGAUAAAAUCCGAGUAUCGUGUAUAAUUCUGUCAACAGCUAGAAUAGCAUUUUACUGUAGGUUAAUAUAUUGAUAACAAAUCUGUGGGGACAGAUGUAACUACCUGGUUGUUUGCCUUAUAGACUAGUGUCAUAUAUAUUAAUAGUGUAAUUUUAAACUAUGUCACGGGUCAUAAAAUGUUACUUUGUUUUAGGAAGAGUUUGAAAGAUACAUGUUUCACUAUACCAAGGUAAUGUACAUUCCUAUAAUCAGGUGAGCAGGAGCGUUAUCCGUUGAAACCGAAGUAAAAUGGUUGCUCUUUGAAAAAGAAAUUAUGCUAUAAAUAAAAAGAUGAAAUCAAACAGAAUUAAAUGUUUUUUAUUCAGA